AACUAAUGUUGCACUCUAGAUAGAUUGUAUAUAAAGUACUCAGCUGCAACGGACAACCAUUCACAAGUCGCACGGAGUUCAGUAGAACAACAAGCAACAUUAAAUUUAUUAAAAAUGAAAUUUUUCACCGCCGCCGCCGCCUUCAUCGCCAUUUUGGCUUUCGCCUGCGCUGAUGUCUCCCAUCUGGGCUAUGGCUACGACCAACCUGCUGCUAGCGCACCAUCUAACCAAUACAUCCCACCUGCAGCUAAUGCUCCUGAGCCUGUCUACGCUCCAGCCCCAGCUACAGUCUACCAACCUGCGCCAUCCGCUCCAGUCUCAUCGUACAUUCCUCCUGCGGCUAACGUACCUGAACCAGCCUACGCUCCAGCCCCGGCUCCUGCUCCAGUCUACCAACCCGCGCCUUCAGCGCCAGUUUCAUCUUACAUCCCACCCGCAGCUACCGCUCCAGAACCGGUCUACUCUGCCCCAGCCCCAGCUCCAGUCUAUGCCCCACAACCAGCUGCCUCUGAAGUCUAUGAGCAGCCUGCUGAAGAUGGUUACAGAUACCGCACCGUCCGUCGUCGUGUCUACAAACAACGUCGUUUCUAAGCGCAGUUGUUUAGCUGUUAUGAGUAGUCAUUUUAUUUGACUCAUCAGAAAUAUGCUAUUGUUUAUUGUUUAUCUUGUGUUUAUGUUAAAAUAAAACUGAUAUUUUACUAAAAAA